AUGAUGAAGCGAAUAUAUCCGCUAUCGCAGGCACCAUGGCUUGCACCCUUGGCACUGGUGCUACUGGUCGGAACGUUCUACACCACUAGAUACAGCCGAACGUUGACGACGACAAAAGGGGAGAGAGGUCCGCAUUUUCCCACUCUAGUAGAUGGCUCUGACCAGCUGCUAAAGUACACGUGCAGGUUUACAGAGGAUCGCUCAUCGCCCCAUACACCUGACAACCCUGGUGAGGUGGCUAUAGUAAGUCUUCUAUCUGCAUCUGUACCAUCACUGCUUCUAGAUUACAUUCUAGGACUGGAAGUUUUGGGAACGUCACUGGAAAGGUUUGCUCCGAAGAGCGUGCCGCGUGUACUCAUGGUGUUGGAAGGUACAGACUGUGACAAGCUUUGCAUGCGACGACUUCAUGAUACUGGCUGGCGUAUCUGCCAUGCGCCACCUAUUACGCCGCCGCGUCCGUCCGAUUUUGCUCGCUUCAAGGAUCAGUUUGUCAAGCUUCUUAUGUGGAACAUGGUGCAGUACAAACGUGUCGUUUACAUGGAUGCCGACACGCUAGCUGUGGGAAGACUGGAGCGGCUGCUCGCCACACCGGUUAGUAUGGCUUCGAAUAAACCACUUGCUGUAGCACAGGAUAUAUUCAACGGCAAGUGGGUGGAUGGAUUCAAUAUGGGUGUUGCUGUAAUACCGACUAAUCGAACAGAGUUUGUCCGUCUGUUCAACUUGCUGGAAAGUGACAAUGUUGAGUAUCGAUCCACAAUGUCUGAGCAAGGAUUUCUGUCCGUAGUUUACAAGAAUGUGUGGACAAAACUGGCUUUUGAGGAUAAUGCAAACUUGGCAGCUUGGUUAUGGGACAGGUCUCUGUGGCAGAGUAAGAAAUCUGACAUACGUCUUAUCCACUUCACCAUGGAGAAGGGAUGGAAAAUCGAUUCCAAGUCGAAGUAUGCUGAGAUUGGCCGCCUUUGGAAAGACACAAGAGAUUUGCUCUUCGCACGACGCUUGACUUCCAUCGAUACAUACGACCUAGCCUUUGUGUGA